AUGGACUCCAAAGCUGCGGGGACAUCCGGGCGGCUGUUGCAGGGUGCAGCCAGGCAGGGGGGAGCCCGGCCACCUCUCCGGGCCUGGGCCCGAGGCCCCAGCAGACCAGCGCCGCGGCAGGGGGAGCAGGCCUCGCCCCUCAGGGCCUCGCUGACCCCCUCACAGACUCGGUGCAGGAACAGGAGGCCCUGGGGCCGAGAGCGACCAGAGGGGGACCGGGUGGCCCGCUCCCUGCCAGGCAGGCCUGGCUGGGGCUGCGGGCAGUUCUCUCCUGCACUCUUCAGAGGUCUCUGUGUGUCUCAGGCGGAGAGACAGAGCCUCCCAGGAGACUCAGGGGCUCUGGGGGUGCCCCCCGCAGGGCAAGGCAGGCUGCGGGAGCUCCGAGGGCACAGCGGGCCCCACAAGUCUGCUCAGGCCUCCCGAGGUUCAGGAGCUGAGAGUGCAGUGUUCAAGCCCUGGGCUCAGCCUUCCAGCAACCAGGGAGCGCCCCCUCUUCUCCCGGAGCCCUGGCAGGGCUCCCUGGCCCGGCUGACCCGAGCCCCAGGCCCAAGGGCUCAGGGCCCAGCGGCCCCCCGGCAGCCCUGCUGUGCAGAGGGGCCGCCCCAGGAGUGGCCGCGGCCUGCGUCCCCUCAGAUCCUGGAAGCCACUGGGCAGAAGGCGAGGGGGAGUGGGAGGGAGUCUCCUCUGCCUGGGUGGCCGCCCAGAGGCCCCGAGCAACGAGCCCGCCUUGGAGCCGAGCGCCAGGGGGAGCCGUGGAACGUGGGGGCGAGGCCGCAGGCAGGUGUGGGCGCCCGGGUCACCGGGGCCUGCGGAGGCCGAGGCGCAGCGGCCCUAAGGAGCUGA